AUGUCGACAGUCUCUCAAAGCGGCUUUCCCAUUCCGAAAGCAGGUCUCCGGGAUGGCGCAACGGCCACCCUGAUCGGUCAACAAGUGUGGCUUCUAGGUACAAGAGAGGUCAAACGAGCAGUCAAGCGGCAGCACAAGCUCAAUGCCGAAACUGCAUCCCUGGUCUCCACCUGCCAGGCCCUCAUAAAGUACGACUAUCGCUCUUGGGCCAAACGCAGAGCUUUGGCCAGAAACAACAUAUUGAAGAAUUACGCGCACAGUAUGGCGAGUAAACUGACAACUUGUGCUUUGACCAUGCUUUCACUUCUCGCCUGGCAUUUCAACUCGAGAAUAUUUCCUCUUUCCAGGGGCCUCCUUCAAUUUUUCGCCAAGCCUUACGUUGAUUUUGACUCGAUUUGCGCACCGAUUCAUCUCAGCUAUACCAAAAUUUACGGAUCGCUCUCGUUGACGGAGUUCAAAGAAAAAUUGAGCGGAUUAUUAGGGUUCUUGGAAUAUCACAUGAUCAAGGGCGACGCGGUCUUGUAUAUUUAG